AUGCCUACCGAUCAAGACGUAACAUUGGGUGAUACUCCGCGACCGCAGAAUUCUUUUUUAAAAAGAAAGUGUGACGCUAUAUUUCGACAAAUCGUGACUAUUCAGCGUCAAAGUACAAAUGAAGCGCUUCAGGCCAUGGACCAUGCAGAACUUUCGACGCGCAUCGAGCUUCUGGAUCACAUACUGGGCAAUUUCGAGGCCGCCCAGACUGGCUUGGAAGAAGAAAAUCCUGAUGAACUGGAUAGUAGCAGCCGUACUGAUUUCCUCGCCAUCUAUGUCUCCAUAAAGGCAGCAAUCACUCGUGAACUAAAAUCACAACGCAUAGAGCCACAUGCUCAUUCGUCCACAGCAGUAUUUUCUCCGCAUGAUUCCCAGUCAGUGGUUGUAUUAAAGCAAAAUAAAUCGCGUUUGCCCGAUCUUCAGCUGCCAACAUUCGCAGGUGCCUUCACGGAGUGGCCAAAUUUCAUUUCAAUGUUUCAAACUGUGGUCGAUAAUGAGCCAGAGCUUACGAAGAUAGAAAAAUUCCAUCACCUGCGGUCCUGUUUAAAGGGCAGCGCUUUAGAUGUCAUUCGUUCCCUGGAAAUACGCGAAAGCAAUUACGACAAGGCUAUGAAUUUACUUAAAAGUCGCUUUGAUAAUAAAUGCCUUAUUUUUCAGGCUCACAUUCGCGAAUUAUUUGAACUUAAAAGUGCAGAAGCCAACACUGUGGGUUGUCUUCGCGUACUUGUUGACAAAUUCACGUCUCACAUUCGAGCACUUCAGACCCUAGGGAGCAAGAUACAAAUAGCCGACUGUCUACUCAUCCUUAUCAUGUCUCAAAAGCUGGAUCCAUCUACGCAAACAAAGUGGGAAGAAUCAGCCGCAUGCAGCAACAUACCUACGUGGGAGAGUAUGGAAACUUUUCUUGAGAAAAGGUGUCAAACAUUGGAGAGCAUUAAUUUCGCUACGGUACAGAACACACCUAGCGCUAAGGUGAGCAAAACACAGUAUCAGAAAAAAUCCCUUGUAGUUUCAAAAUCCACGCACAAAGUAUGUACAUUUUGCAAAAAGGAAGACCAUUCUAUUUAG